CAAGCUUGUGCUCGAUAUUCUAUUCCAUCACCCUGACGCUAUUCCUCUCUUCCAGCAGACCGCGCCACUGCACAGGCUAAGGGACCACCACCCGGGCAUAGACUCCAGACAUCAACAUGGCAUCAAUUGCGAAGACUGUGGUCGCCACGGGCGCUUCUUCAGGCCUUGGAUUUGAAGCUAUCAAACAGCUCCUUUCUCAGCAAGCUCAGCCCUACAAGGUAUUCCUGGGGGCUCGAAACGCUCAGAGCACUGUAGCCGCCUAUGACUCUCUUGGCUAUGACCGCUCUGGCCACGCGGUGACGGUCCUGCCGCUAGAACUGUCCGACCUAAAGACGGUCAAGACAUUUUCGCAGCAGGUGCUUGACAAGAUUGGAGGCGAGAAGAUCGACUACUUGUUCCUAAAUGCAGCCAUUUCCGAAGGCGCGGAGAAGCCUGGCCCCAAGGGAUGGAGAUGGUGCGAGCCGUUGGUUGUGAAUCAUUUCUCACAACACUAUCUAACGCAUCUGCUGAAGGACAAGCUGAUUGAGUCAAAGUCUCGGAUUGUCGUUGUGUCAUCUGGAGCGAUUCGGCGGAUAACUGAUCCCAGUGUCCUCGAUGAAAUGCUGAGGGGGGGCUCCGGCGCAGAUUUCAUGAGCGUAUAUAGUGCCACAAAAUUUGUUCAGCUCCUUGGUGCCCAUUGGUGGCGCCGCGAGCUGGCUGGCCAAUGUGACGUUGUGGCCUGUUCGCCGGGCUUGAUUCCCGGCACUGGCCUUGGUAGAGGAAGCGGUAUGAAGCUCACCAUGGAUAUGGCUGAUGCAAAGCCCGUUGCUACAGGAGCACAAAGCAUACUUGCUGCGUUCACCAGAUCCGAUUUCCCUAGUGACCCGGAUCAGAUCUUUUUAACCAGCUGGGGAGAGUGGUGGAGCAAGGAUACCAUUGAACCUUCUCUCGACAAGAAAUUGCAGGAUAAGUGGAGUUGGAGCAAGGAGGAAAUCGAAAAAGAAGCCGGUAUCACUGCGUGAACGGCAGUGAAUAACAGGACUGCAUCGCACAGGCAUAGCUACUUAUAAUUGAUGCAAAGAUACGAAAGUCACACAAUGUCGGAAGCCGAACAAUAUCAUGCUGAGGGAGAAAUUGAAACAGAUCUGAUUGAAUAUUAUAUAUUCACUGUGUCAUCGUUCCACAACAUCUCAUUUUGGCG